GUUCUGUUUUUCUCAUCUCUAAAAUGACGGCAUUCGAUUUCAUGACAUCUAAUAUCAUUUCUAACUGUGAAAAUUCUGUUUCUAAACUAUUCUUAUUCCAAGAGAGAGGGAUUUCAUUUUCACUUCUGCACGUCUUUAAUUUUAGCUGAACUCAUGCCUAGAAAUGGCUCCAUAAAAAGAUAAAGUACUUUCUUUCUCUAUUUAUAUACAUAGAAAAUGUCUAUUAUCAAUGCUCCCUGGGUUUAGAAAAGUGAUUUUUACUAUGCCUUUUAACUUUCAGGAUUUCUAAGAUUAGAACCCAUGACGUGAAGUUAAAAUAAGCUCAUUAAAGAUAGAUUGACUUAUUCUUUCACCUAGUUUUUUCCCCCAGUCAAUGUCUUCUGAUAAAUAACCUUUGGAAAUCAUUUGAAGAGAUGAAACACCCUCUCCUAUUGUCCCGGCUUCUUUGUGUAGAUGAUGACAAGGUUUUUUUAAAAAGGCAUGUUCAAUAAACUGUGUGUACGUGAACAGCUUUGAAUUCGUUUUUCAGUUUCAAUUCUCUUCUAACGUUUACUGUAAACAGCAGAGACACCAGAUUUCUCAUCAAAGUUAUGAACCAAAACAAACGAUCAGGUUACACCUGUUCAGCUUACACUACCUUGGAAACCAAUAGACUCCAUUUUCCUCACCUUAAAACACCAUUCCCUCUCAGGGAAAUAAUAUAAUCAACUCAUGGUUUUUAAAUUGAAUGAGCAACGGACCGGAUUUCUUCUUAAUCUUCACAUCUGUGUCAAGAGAAUCUUGCCUUCUUUGGAACCUCAGCCAUGAGUUGGAUGUUCCUCAGAGACCUCUUGAGUGGAGUAAAUAAAUACUCCACGGGGAUUGGGCGGAUCUGGCUGGCUGUCGUGUUCAUCUUCCGUUUGCUGGUCUACAUGGUGGCGGCAGAACAUGUGUGGAAAGAAGAGCAGAAAGAGUUUGAGUGCAACGUUAGACAGCCCGGUUGUGAAAAUGUGUGUUUUGACUACUUCUUCCCCAUCUCCCAGGUCAGACUUUGGGCCUUACAACUAAUCAUGGUCUCCACGCCUUCACUGCUGGUGGUUCUACAUGUAGCCUAUCGUGAGGGUAGAGAGAAAAGGCACAGGAAGAAACUCUAUGUCAGCCCAGGCGCCAUGGGUGGGGGCCUGUGGUACACAUACCUUGUCAGCCUCGUGGUUAAAACCGGUUUUGAAAUUGGUUUCCUGGUUUUAUUUUACAAGCUAUAUGAUGGCUUUCGUGUUCCCUACCUCUUGAAGUGUGAUCUGAAGCCCUGCCCCAAUACUGUGGACUGCUUUGUCUCCAAACCCACAGAGAAAACAAUUUUCAUCCUCUUCCUGGUCGUAACUUCAUGCCUGUGCAUUGUGUUGAAUGUCACUGAACUGAGCUUUUUGGUCCUCAAGUGUUUUAUUAAGUGCUGCCUCCAAAAAUACUCUAAAAGACUCAAGUCCUCCAUGUGUGAAUGCCACAACCUCAGGUAUGUUACAUGUGCUGAGAUAGGGGCCCCUCCCCUGCUCCAGAAGCACUCUUCAGACUUGGCCACAAGCAUAGCCCAGGGAGGUGAAACAAAGUUACUGUGUGACACACAAGAGGCUUAA